CAGUAGGUGGCGGUAUGCACCUGAAAGUUGCUUGCAAUCCGCCAUAAAAUCAAGAGAAGAAGAAGAAGGAGAAGAUUUCAUACAGCGAUGCAACUGUAGCUCUCUGAUCAGGUCAGAUGGAUGAUAAGCUGUCAGAAGAGAAUGGCCUGUCAGCGCUGACAGCCGAGGAGGAGGAAAUGGAGGUUACCUUGACUCAGCAGACUGAAGGCCAUACCGUCUCCCGUGGCGACGCUCACACACCUGACACUCACACACAUCAAGAGGCGGGAAAGGGAGAUGCAUGCACACUCUCAGCAGUGAGGACACUGUGUGUAGAGAGUGUUUGUAAGGAAGAGAGCGAGGAAGACAGUUCAGAGGAUUCAGACAGCGACAGCUCCACCUCCUCCUCUUCCUCCUCUUCCUCUUCUGCUCCCUGCGUUCCUGUGUUAGCAGAGGAGGAGGAUGAUGAUGAAGGCUUCAGCCAACCGGCUCCUGUCAAAACACGAGAUGAGAUCCUGCUCGAGGAGCUGCCAGAGGUGGAGGAAGUGUGUGUGGCGUUGCCAGAGGAUGCACAGCUCCAGCCAAUAGGAACAGUCUCCAGUAUUCUACAGCAGCUCGUCAUCAUCCAGUCUCUGAAGGACACGCCCCCUCUGACGGACGACAGCAUCAUCUUCAGCUCCAGCAGGCUGGCUCUGGGGAAGGUGUUUGAGGUCUUUGGCCCUGUGGCCUGUCCACUGUAUGUCCUGCGCUUCAACUCUGCAGAGCAGAUCAGCAACAAGGGCUUAGCAGUGGGACAGACUGUCUUCUACACACCUCACAUCAAAGAGUACACUGGCUAUGUCCUCACACAGCAGCUGAUACAGUUAAAGGGAUCUGAUGCAUCUUGGAAGAAUGACCAAGAACCACCACCAGAGGCUUUAGAUUAUAGUGAUGAUGAGCAGGAGCAGGAAGCAAAGAAAAAGAAGAAACAGAAUGCCAAGAAGAAGAGGGACAGUAACAUCACUGAUACUCCCGCUGAGAUUACCCACAGUGCUUUGCAGCAGCGGCCCCAUGACAUCAGGGGUUUCCCACCAAGACACACAGGGGCUCCCUUCAGGCACCAAGACCCCAGACACAAACACACACCGUUCCAGCACAGACAGGCACCACCUAGACACACACACACCCCACCUAGACACACACACACCCCACCUAGACACACACACACCCCACCUAGACACACUCACAUACCUCCCAUGUACCCGCCCCCUCCCUGCCCUUAUCCUCCUCCUCCUCCUCCUCAUGCUUUUGCACCCCCCAACUUUCCACAUUACCCUCCUCCUCCUCUUCCUCCUCCCCCCUCCUUCUGCCAUCCCUCUUUCUCUUCUCCUCCGUGGCCUCCCCAUUCCAUCCCUACUCCUCUCCCUUUCUCUAACCUCCCUCCUCCUCCUCCUCCUCCUCCUCCUCCCCCUCCCCCCCCUCCCCAGUGAUGCCCACCAGGCACUCACUACUUGGCAGCAUACACACUCAUUACACCAACAGGUAGUCCACACACACACUGGCCAGGUUUUUUACGGGCAGGUUUGUCUUUUUGCUGGUCAGAGGAAAUCAGGUUUUUGGUCCAUGGUCCUGUCUGUCCACCUAGCUGUUUGAUUAGGAGACACGGCAUGGCUCCCAGCAGCCUCCUGUUUCUGCUGCUCCGUGCUAACAGUCUAGGGUCCACUGUGCUGAGUGGCAGCAGGCUCCAUGCUCAUGUCUCACUGUAUUUCUAAUAUGUCUGAGCAGGGUCACUUACAGGGAGUCAGGGUGGGCUCCAUGCUAACACUUUAGCAUACACUGUAGUGAACAGUAGCGAGCUCCAUGCUAACACUUUAGCAUACACUGUAGUGAACAGUAGCAGACUCCAUGCUAACACAUUAGCACACACUGUAGUGGACAGUAGCAGACUCCAUGCUAACACAUUAGCACACACUGUAGUGGACAGUAGCGGGCUCUAUGCUAACACUUUAGCAUACACUGUAGUGAACAGUAGCGAGCUCCAUGCUAACACUUUAGCAUACACUGUAGUGGACAGUAGCAGACUCCAUGCUAACACAUUAGCAUACACUGUAGUGAACGGUAGCGAGCUCCAUGCUAACGCUUUAGCAUACACUGUAGUGAACAGUAGCAGACUCCAUGCUAACACUUUAGCAUACACUGUAGUGAACAGUAGCGGGCUCCAUGCUAACACUUUAGCAUACACUGUAGUGAACAGUAGCGAGCUCCAUGCUAACACUUUAGCAUACACUGUAGUGGACAGUAGCGGGCUCCAUGCUAACACAUUAGCACACACUGUAGUGAACAGCAGCGGGCUCCAUGCUAACACUUUAGCACACACUGUAGUGAACGGUAGCGGGCUCCAUGCUAACACUUUAGCACACACUGUAGUGAACGGUAGCGGGCUCCAUGCUAACACUUUAGCACACACUGUAGUGAACGGUAGCGGGCUCCAUGCUAACGCUUUAGCACACACUGUAGUGAACGGCAGCGGGCUCCAUGCUAACACUUUAGCACACACUGUAGUGAACAGUAGGGCUCCAUGCUAACACUUUAGCACACACUGUAGUGAAGAGUAGCGGGCUCCAUGCUAAUGUGUUAGCAUACUCCUGCGCUGCGGUCACAUGACAGGUGACUGAGCUCCAUGAGCAGCCGAGCGCUGAGGGCUACAUGUCACCAGUUAACUGUCAAAUGCUGAUUGAUGUAAGAGCAGUAGGUUUUAGCGAACGAUUGCUGCCACCUUCUGCCAAGCUGUGUGUUUGAUCAGACUACCACCAUAUUGUCAUGAGAACAUGGCUUCAGUUGACUGAUGGUAGACUUGCUAACACAUUAGCAUACAGAAGCAUGAACAGUGGUAGGCCCUGUGCUUAGCAAACUCUUGCACUACGUUCACAUGACAGGUUGCAGAGCUACAGCAGCAGGGACUAUGUUGUUGAGUUUCCCAUCAGCUGUCAGGUGAUGGAAUGAAUGUCUCAGCAGUUGGUAGUGUAUCUUGGUAGAAAGAACAGAAUGCUCAGUUCAGAGGAUGAAUGAUAGUUGAUUGGCUGCCAUCUUUUCACGCAGCAGCAGUGUCAGAUGUGCGUUUGUAGCUGUGUGCCGCCAGCCUCCAUUGAAAAUGGCUCGUCGCCUGUUGCUUUGCCAGCCAGACUGCUUUCCAUCCUGUGGCCUGUAGAUACAUUUAGAAAGUGAGAGAGAAACUGAACGUAGCUGAUGCAGUCAGGUGGUUUUUAAUUCUUUCAGGUGAGCGACCUGUGUUCAUCUGCUGCUCAGUGAUUAUUACUCGUGCUCAUUCUCCCACCUCGCACCACUUCAGUUAUGUUCCAGUUAAAGCUCAAGUUAGAAAUUUUUACCGGUGUCCUACACAAACAGCGACAUUGCACACAUAUCAUUAAGAUGACACACUAUUUACCUUCAGAGUUGUCAUUGUCUUCCCCUUGAGACAAAGCUGUUGGCUUACAUCAGUCAGCAUGGUGUGUGCUCACGCUUCUUACUCAGCAUAAUAUGCAAAAUCUUACUUGGUGGGGAAAGUUGACCAAUGGGCCUGUUUCCAAAAACUUGGUGUUCAUUAAACAAAAUGUUUGAAAUUAUAACAAAAUGAUCAACUGUAUAUAUAUAUAUAUUUUAUUAUCAGUGCUUUUUUUGUUUUUGUAAAUCGACUGUACUGAGUAAUGGACUGAUGCAGUAUCAAAUAUAUGUUUAUUUCAGAA